UCGACCCCACCACGUCCCCAUCUUGGGAGCCCCGCCAUCGAAACGAUUCAUUCCGCUUCCACCACCACCUCACUCACACUUAUCAACCUCCUAUACCUCCCAUAGCGCGCCCAAGACUCCAUCAUCCCAUCAUCCGUUCGAACCGUUAACCGGCCUCACCACUCCACCGCAAAUCCACCCAGCAAAUCCACCAGACACAAUCCCCCUAUCCCUCCAAAGAUGGCGACCGCAACAACAGAGACCAGCAGCAGUAGACCCCUUCUCAUCGGCCCGGACGCCGGCCCGUCCCCUCCGUACCCUCUGCGCAUGUCCGGCAAGGUAAUAUCCGGGUUCGGGCGGGGGUCCAAGGAGCUGGGGAUCCCGACGGCCAACCUGCCCGUGGACGACGCGCGGACGCCGUGGAUCAGCAGCACGCCGUCGGGCGUCUACUUUGGCUGGGCUUCGCUGCAGCUGCCCUCGACGCACCCGGAUUGCCCCCCCACCACCACCGACGGAGAGACCAACAGCAGCAGCAGCAGUAGUAGUAGUAACGGAUGGAGCGUAUACCCCAUGGUCAUGUCGAUCGGGUACAACCCGUUCUACAAGAACACGGUGCGGUCGGCCGAGGUGCACGUGCUGCACGAGUUUGCGGCCGACUUUUACGGCGUCGACAUGAGGCUGUUGAUUCUGGGCUUCAUUCGCGAGGAGAAGGACUACAGCGGGCUCGACGCGCUUAUCGCUGACAUCAACCUCGACUGCGAGGUUGCGAGGCGCAGUCUGGCGAGGGAGGGGUGGGCGCCGAGGGAGGUGGAAGUGGAAAUCACCGGCGACAACAGCAGUAGGGAGGGAGGGGCAAAGAAGAGACUAAGGGGUACGUUGGCGGCGGGCUGGCUGAUACGGCCCGACGAGAGCGAGGAGAAUGGGGCAGAUGGGAAGUGAGAGAUGGAGGCGGCGGAGGCCAUGGUACGAGCUGGGUGGGGUGUAUAGAGGUUAGAUGAGGCACGAAACGGUCAACCGAUAAACGUAUAGACAGGUCCGGGAGUUUGGGUUAGCCGGACUGGGUGGAGAGUACGUUGGCCCCUCAGCAUGGCGACGGCUCUCAAGCAACGGACAAAAAAAUAAGCAUGCUCAAUUGCGCCCAACCACACAUAGGACUCAACACGGUCCCUUUUUGGAAAGCG